GCUGUGGUCAGCAUCAAGACUGGGAGAUGGAUUUAGAAAGUGCAUCUCCAGGGCUGCAGCCAGACAUGACCCUGAAUGAUGGUGUCCUGCCCCCUCUUCCACCUGCUCCAGUUCCAGGACAGCAGCAGCACCGGAAACUUCUGCCAUCACCCUUUGGGAAUGUGCCACUUCCACAACAUAAGCCCAUGGUGCUUUCUCCUUUCCCUGGGAUACCUGUGGCAGCAGGAUGCGGUGGCUGUGGCUUGAAAAGUGCUGAGGAUUUUAACAUCACUGCCCAAGCAGGGACAGCAGGGAAGCCAGCAGUGUCCCUGCUGACUCACGAGGUUCUCUUUACUCAGGCCCCUCACAUUAGGAGUACCCCUAGGGGCCUGCAUGGAGGUGUGAAGCAUCCCACUCUCCAAGUGUUAAGCGCUCCACCCAUCACCACCUUUGUGCCUGCCCCAACUGGUGUGAGCAGCCAUUCUGAUGACAGGCUGUGGCCUUUGGGCCUCUGUCCCCCAGCCAUACCACCAUUGCCCUCCACCAUGUCUUGGGCAUACAAGGCACCACAACCAUGCUUGGGCUGCGGGGAAGGCAGCCUGGCCACCUCCCAGGCCAAUGAUUCACCAGAUGACACCUGCACAUCUCCAAGUGUCUAUGAGAACUUCCGGCACUGGCAGCAUCUCAAGACCCUGCUCCGGAGAAACCUUCCCUACACUCCUGAUGUGGAAGUGGUGUCCUGCUUCCUUGUGCCAGUGCUUCAGUCCUUGGCCUGCCAGCACCCAGCCAUGAGUGUGGAGGAUAGCCUGCGCAUAGGUGUGCGGGAAUGGAACAACAUGAACAACUACGAGCGUGAAGCAUUCUACAGCGUGGCUGCAAAGUUCAUGAGAUUUGAGUUUGUUGAAGAGAUGGAAGAUCCUAGGUUGCAGUUGAAGGGGAGACUUCAUGACUGUCCAUCUCCAGUCCCACUGAGGCUGGAUCCUUCAGGGUCCCCUGAUGUGCAGCAAUCAGUGUACAAUCCUGGGCAGACAGACUCCAAGACUGCCUGCCCCCCAGCACGCAAAUGCCAGCAGUCACAGGAGACCGAGGUGCCGGAUGACAUCCCUCCUGAAGCCGUGAACGAGUACAUGGACACUAUGGACUGGCUGGAAGAACAUCACCUCCUGACCACGCAGGAGCCUGAUGAAAACCAGAAGGAGGAACAGCAGCAGCAGAAAGAGAAUAAGACAUACCCAGACCUGGAUCUGUUGACUUACUUUGAUGAGCUAUGCUCCCAAAAAGACUUCCUUACCAAGGUGGAUGCCAUCAUCAACCCUCAAUUCCUGGUAGAAGAAGAAUCUACAGAUAUAAAGAAAGACAUCCUCUUGACCAUACUACAAGUGCUAGAAGAACACAGACUCACUUCUGAACAGCUGGCGGAGAGACUCCUGGACUCCAAGGCAAAUGGAGGUGUGUGCAGGCCUCAGAGCAGAGGUACACCCCAAACUGCUGCCCACCAAAGUGAAAAGCAAGAUGACUGUGACCCCGAGCAAAGAGUUGACAAGAAGACUUGCACCACUCCAAAAGAUUCACAGGUUCUUAAGAGACUCCAGGCCACAGAAGAACAACUUCCAGUGUCUGAGCUCCAGGUAGGGGUGGAUAUAACUGAAAAUGGAAAUAAAGACUUCUAA